UAAAGGUCGUUCGUUUCAAUGUUUACAAUUUGGUUUGUUUACGUGUUGAGGGCUUGUUUUACUGAUAGUUUCUGAAACAUAAAAUAGCGACGUAUUGUAAUUAGUACAUCACAACCAUGAAUCCCCUGACGAAUGUUAAGAAUAUAAAGAAGUUGAGUGAGUUAGAAUUGAAGCGAGGUAACUUGAAAUCAUCAUGGCAUGAUCAAUACAAAGACAGUGCAUGGAUUUUUGUUGGUGGUCUGCCUUAUGACUUGACAGAAGGAGAUGUAAUAUGUGUAUUUUCACAGUAUGGAGAAGUAGUUAAUAUAAAUUUAGUCAGAGAUAAGGCUUCUGGCAAAUCAAAAGGUUUCUGCUUCCUCUGUUAUGAAGACCAAAGGAGCACUAUCCUAGCUGUUGACAAUUUAAAUGGUAUUAAGAUACUUGGCCGCACGAUUAGAGUGGAUCAUGUUGCAGACUACAAACCACCUAAAGAUUCUGAAAAACUUGAUACAGAGACAAGGAAACUUUAUUCAGAAGGUUGUGCACCAAAACUUACAUCGGAAUCAGACAAGGAAUCUGGGCAGGAAGCUAAAAAUCCAAAAAAAGAGAAAAAGGAAAAGAUGAAGCAGAAGAAAAAGAAGAAGAAGAAAAAACGAAAGAAGGCUAAAGUGCAGAACAGUAGUUCCAGCUCAGAGGAAGGUUCAACCUCAGCAAGUGACUCUGAAGACGAAACUCGUGCAAGCAGUAAAACAAAGAAGUCUCGGAAAAAGAAGACAGCAAAGUCAGAGAGCAGCAGUGCAAGUGAUGGAGAAAAUAUACCUGCUAAAACCAAACGACAGCAGUUGGAGGAAAAAAUUAGGGCUCUCGAACGAGCUCUAAGUACUGUGAAGCGGGCAGCAAAGAUGAAUGAGGAAGCGGCUGAUGUUGGUACAGCUCGGCCAAAGGAUGCUCAUCCUGGGGAAGUUUCCACAGAACGUGUAGAUCGUGGCAGUGUUUCUAAGAAGAAGGACGCUGGGGACAGUGAAGGUGGCAGAAAGAACACUGAAGAGCGAGGAGUUACAAAACACAGUGAGCAGCCUAGAGACAGAGAACGGGACAGGGACAGGGAAAGAGAGAGGGGUAGAGAAAGAGAGCGUGACUGGGAAAGGAGCAAAGAAAGAAGGUACAACAGAGAGGGUGGAACAUCUGGCAGCUGGAGCAGGGACCGAGAUGGCCGCAGAAACUAAAGGAAGUUCUAUUAGUUAGUCUCUUUCUUGCUGCCAGAAAAUUGGACACUGAAUGGUACAGUUACUGUUAGAGAGGUGGUGUGAAAACUGUGAGACUGCUGUUGUGGUUUAUUAGAGCAGUAAGGAAAAUUUGAUGUAAUUGCAUAUAUGUUGUACUUUUUGUUACUGUUCAUACUUUUAUGCAAUAUGCACUGAUUAUAAUGUGACUCUGGAGAACAACAGGGUAGCCAACCCAUUUAAAUUUAAUUUGUGUACUCUUUUAUCAAUCACUGUUACUGAAAUAUGUAAGUAGUUUACUGCCAUCGUACAUAAUGGCACAACUGAUAUGUUCAUACUAAAUUGCAUUAAAGAUCAUUAAGCACAGUAUCUGUUAAGACCGCAUCACAUUAAUAGGUGCCUUGAAGAUGAUAAAAUGAAGGUAAUUGUUUAUCUGAGACAGUUAAGUCAAGAUACUGCCCACAAUAGCAUUGGGUGUUGUGAUGUACUGUUAGUAUCUGUUACCAAGUUACUACAAUAAUAGUGACUCAUCUUUUGAAAAAUGAGAUUGAGGUGUUGAGUUCACAAUCUUUGUUGGGUUAUUCACAUUCUGUACCUUCAAUUGAAUCCAGCUGCAGACACUGAAACAAGGCUCAGCCCAUUAACUUGUCACAAAUCAAAAUACUCCGUAGCUUUGUGGGAAGGAAUUUCCGUCACUGUGACAGUUUUAAGAAAAGUGACAUAGUGUAGUGAUCCCCAGUUCAUUUCCUUUUGAUUAAAUCUAACAUAAAGAGCCUGAAGCAAUAUUUAAGACUUUUAUAAUGUCUACCUCAGGUACAAAGUUGCCUGCUUUUACUGAUUCAUUACAUUUAGGAAAUUAUAUUUCCUAAGUGCAAGUGUCAGGGGGUUAGAAACUUUUAUUUUAUGUCAUACUAGUCUCCAGGUGUAGAAUAAUUGGA